GGCUGAGAAGUAAAGAUCAGGAACGAGGAGGAGGAACAACUUCCCAGACGUGUAGAACUUAUGAAGUUUAUGAAGCAGCUUCCCAGACGUGUAGAGCGUAUAGAGAGGUGAGGCAGCCAAUCUCAGCCACAUUCAGCUUCCUGAAGAGAAUGACUAAAGGACGACGCUUCAACCCACCUUUAGACAAGGAUGGGAGAUGGUUCCCUCACAUCGGGCUAACGCAAAAGACAUCAGAAUCCAACACCAGGACUAUGUUAAAAGAGCCCCAGAGUCCACACUCACCUUGGCAAGUGGAGGGGAAGCUGCCGCCCAUAUACAAAGUCCGGGAGAAGCAAGCAGUGAAUAACCAGUUCCCCUUCUCCGUGCAUGACAAUCGGCACAGUUUGGAGAACUCUGGAUGCUACCUUGACUCCGGCCUGGGACGUAAGAAGAUCGCUCCAGAUAAGAGGCAACAUGUUUCAAGAAAUUUUAAUCUCUGGGCAUGUGACUAUGUUCCAUCUUGUCUUGAUGGCUUUUCAAAUAACCAAAUAUCAUAUGUGCAUAAAGAAGCCGUGGUGGUCUCAAGUUUCAGACGCUUUCCACGAUGCUAUAAAGAGAUAUGGAACACUUUAACAUUUCUUCCUGAGCGAAGAUAUACAGAGUUUUUGAAAAAGAAGCCCAAGGUAAGGUUCACUAUUGACAAAAAGGUUAUUUCUUCACUGGAGUCCUAAUCCUCUCAGAAGAUUUUUGAUGAAUUUUUAAUAUUGGUAUUUCAUCAGACAUCCUAAAAGCAUACGUUUUCUGAUCCAGCACUACUAUUUAAUUUUUUAAGUGCUUUUAUGAUUUUUAUAAGGUCAAAAAGCAUUCAGAUCUUUGUGAAAUAAAUAUGUGAUGACAUACGCAUGUGUAAAUAAACUUUUCGAUGGCCA